AUGAAGAAAAAAAAUGAAUGUCUUAUAUAUCAGGUGAAUUGAAACAACUCAUGAAAAAGAUGCUUAUGAACAGAUUUUUGGCAAAAGCAUACAAAAAUUGCAGACGUGUUAUAUCCUUUUACCCUAUUAUCGGUUAGAGAUAUUAUCAGUUUCUUUUGAAAUUUAAUUUGUACGCAUUUUGAAGAUAAUCCUGAUAGGCCAUAA